GCAGCAGCAGGUCAGCAUCAUCUGGAGGCUGUUGGUGUGAACAGGGCUCCUUGUUACCCAGCAGGGAGUCAGCGGACUGCAGGCGUCUCUGUUCCUUAUUUACCCGGAGGGACCUGUAGAGGGCGAUAAGCACGGCCGGAAAAUUCAAGCGUAAACUCUACGCUUUUUUUCUUCAGUUUCGUCACGUGACUUUGGGUCGCCUCGGUGGCCAUGGAGACGCAGCACCAACACAGAUGAGCUACGGUGACCCGAUCCAGAGGUCGUUUCCUCACAGAUGCUGAGGUAACAGGAGGAGGAAUCAUGCCGAAGAAACAGGUGAAAGGAGAGGUGACGGAGGAGGAGAGACUCCUGCAGCUUCAGCAGAGAGCACAGGCUGAGGAGGAGAUGGCUAAGAAGAAAGAGGAGACGCUAACGCUGUAUCUGAAGGACAAGCUUCAGAAGGAGCAGAGGAACGCGUCCGUGAACCUGCUGAAGCUGAUUGAAAGCUGGAGGAAGAACCUGCGUCAGGCUAGAGAUGCUGAGCAGCUUAAACAUGUCGCAAUCCUACAGCAGACGAAUGAGAGGAAGCUGGAUGAGCAGAACUUUAUCAUGCAGAAAACAAAGAGGGAGCUGGAGGAGGCAGACCGUCACGCCGAUCAGGUGCAGCGGUGCCACCUGCAGCAGGAGGAGGAUCUGUUGGGUCAGCGUGACAGAGUUCUGAUGGAUCUGGAGCAGCAGUGGGAAAGCAGCCUGCAGAACUUGAGCUUUAUAUUAAGCUCAGAGAUGGAGAAGAUGUGGGCUGACUUCCAGCAGCAGAAUCAAAAACUGGUGGAUCUCUGUCUGCCUGCAAAGAUACACGAUAAAUGCAUGUGUGAAUACAUCGAGAAGCUCCACCAAGAGGUCGUGGAUUCAAACAUGAAGAAUCAGCAAGACCUGGAAUUUUUAAAGAAGAAAGUCAACAUGGACGACAGAUCUGUUCUGAACCAGCAGGUUCUCCAGGAGACCAGAGACAGCCUGAAUGAGCUAGACAAGAAAAUGUCCAGCAUGCAGCAGAUCAACACCAAGCUAAUGAUCUUUAGGAGGCUGAAGGACAAAGCCAACAAGCUGAGACAGCAGAUCUCUUCCUUAGAAGCAGAGAAUCAUCUGAUGGAGCAGGAAGUGAACACCGGCAAAAACAAACUUAACCAAAAGUGUCACAAGCUCCAGGACCAGCUGGCCCAAGGUCGCCAGGAAGUGAGGAAGGAGAUCGCUGACUUCAGCAUGCAAGGUGCCGCCUUCACCAAGAAUCUGCAGGCUGUGAUCACCAAGGGCGAGAAGGUUCUACGAGCUGCAGAGCUGUGCAACAAGCUGCAGAACCAACAGAAGGUACUGCCACUAUCAUCAGAGGGUGACACACAUCCGAGGAACAGAGCAGAACAGGAGGUCUGUGAGUCUGCAGAGCUGCAGGAGCUGCAGAAGCAUCUUAACUCUGCCCUGCUGCACAGAGAAGCUCUGAGGAACCACAGCGAGGAUCUGAGGCAGGAGAACCAGCAGCUGCAGGUCCUGGUGGAUCGGCUUGACGACAGCCUCGAGGGACAUCUCGCUCCGCUGCCGGUUCUCCAGGUUCAGAUAACCUCUGUCCCGCCGGCGACAGACAGACGGCACACCGUCAUCGAAGCUGCGCACAUCGUUAAAUACUGCCUGUUAGACAGCUGAAGUCCAGAUCUAAACGGAUCCCUUCAGUCCAUCAAAGUAAAGAUCUAAUGAGCAUUUGCUGCAGAGUUAUAUUCAGGCCACACCUGGUGAUGGAUCAGAACCAGACUUGUUUAGGUGGGGCAAAACAAUUAAGGACUGAGGCAUGAUGUGUUUCUGGGUUUAAAAUAAAAUGUUGUGUUCA